CCCGCAUUUCAGACUCCAAGGGGCCCGCCGGGAACCCCCGGAAUGCACGUGUGGGGAAAGACUGGGGAAGCAAUAUAUUGACCUCAACAGAACUGUUUCUCUUCGUCUCUGGAAAUUCAUUUAAUUGAACAUUCAUAUCCCUUGUUCACGGCGUAUAAACGCGUCCAAUCCCAUCAUGAGCACCCCCCUUGGUCCCCUCUCGACUCCCCUCCCUCCACUCCCUGAUGAUGUUUUCACCUCGGCACAAUGGUCCAUCCUCCUUGCCCUGAUGGACACUGUUGUGCCCCGGAUUGUAAGGGCUUCUGCAGCUUCGCCUUCGCGCGCGAUUGACGAGCUCGUCAUCUCGGAGGAGGAAUAUGGAGCAAUUGCGCGCGCGGCAGGAAACAAGGAGGGAGAAACCCUGGACGCGUACCUGGCAGAGCGGCCGAGCGAGAGUGAGGACUUCAAGGGGUUGUUGAGGAGACAGCUCGUGUCAUACGCGAGGGAGGACCAGAGGAGACCACUGAUGAUAAUAUUGUCGGUUCUGAGCACCCGCCCAGGAGCGCUCCUGCUCACGGGCUAUGCCACGCCUCUGGACCAGCUUGACAUUAAGUCCCGAACAGCAAUCCUCCAGGGCUGGGGCACGAGCUAUCUCGGCGCCAUGCGUACUCUCUACAAUACCUUGACGUCCAUUGGAAAGAUGAUUCACAUCAAAUCCUCGCGCCUUUUCCCCACUGUUACGGGAUUCAGUGCCAUCCCGCUGAAAUACUCGCCAGGCCCCUCGUAUGAGUACACGUUCUUGCAGUUCCCUGAGUCCCAGACACCUGCCAUCCUCGAUUUUGACGUGGUGAUCGUCGGCUCUGGACUCGGCGGUGGCAUCUCAGCUAAGAACCUCGCCGAGGCCGGCUUCUCCGUCCUCGUCAUUGACAAGGCAUACCACUACACGUCCGCACAACUCCCAAUGACCGAGGCACAGGGGAUGAUCCACCUCUUCGAGAAUGGCGGCGUAAUCCCGAGUGAAGACUCCUCGAUUAACGUCCUAACUGGCUCCAACUUCGGCGGCGGCGGCACUGUCAACUGGUCCGCCGCGCUGCAGCCCCAAGGCUUCGUGCGCAAAGAAUGGGCCGAGGACCGCAACCUCCCCCUGUUCACAUCCGCCACAUUCCAGGAAUCCCUCGACCGCGUUUGCGAGCGCAUGGGCGUCUCCGACAAGCACAUCCGCCACAAUCACGGCAACAGGAUCCUCCUCGAGGGCGCGCGCCGCAUGGGGCAUACCGCCAAAGCCGUUCCGCAGAACACGGCCGGCAACGAGCAUUACUGUGGCCACUGCAUUAUGGGUUGCUCUAGCUGCGAGAAGCAAGGGCCAAAUGUGUGCUGGUUGCCUGACGCGGCACGCGCGGGCGCCCAGUUUGUCGAGGGCUUGGCAGUCGAGAAGGUCUUGAUGGAUGGGAAGAAGGCGGUUGGUGUUAAGGGACUGUGGACGUCGCGUGCGGGCGGCAAGCGUGAGGUUAUCGUCAAGGCAAAGCGAGUCAUUGUCGCAGCCGGCUCGAUCUACUCACCACACAUACUGAUGAACAGCGGAAUUAAGAACAAUCAAAUUGGCCGCCACCUUUACUUGCACCCUGUCAACGUUGUCUCUGCCUUCUUCAAGGAAGAAGUCCGCCCCUGGGAGGGUGGCAUCCUCACGACUGUCUGCUCUUCCUUCGAGAACCUAGACGGUCACGGCCAUGGCGUCAAACUCGAGGCAACCUGCAUGAUGCCCUCCCUCUGCCUCUCCAUGAUCAACUGGAACUCCGGCACCUCCUGGAAGACCACCGCAGCCAAGUACCCGCACAUGAACUCGUACAUCUCACUCACGCGCGACCGCGACCCCGGCCGCGUGCUCCACGGCCCCAAGAUCGAGUACACCCCCAGCGCAUUCGACCGUCGCCACGUGCUCACGGGUCUGAUCGAGAUGUCGCGCAUGCUCCUCGUAACGGGCGCGCGCGAGAUCCACGUCAACGUGCCUGGCAUCCGGCCAUUCAUCGUCGAUGAGACCGGCGGCGACGCGACGUGCGAGGUCGUGGAUCCGCGCUUCGUGGAUUGGAUUGCGCAUGUGGAGGCGGUGGGCAAUUCUCCGCCGAACGCAACGUUUGCGUGUGCGCAUCAGAUGGGGUCGAAUAGGAUGAGUGCGAAGAAGGCGGAUGGAGUUGUUGAUCCGGAGGGUAGGGUGUGGGGCACCAAGGGACUGUAUAUAACGGAUGCCAGUGUGUUCCCGUCGGCGAGUGGGGUGAACCCCAUGGUGACGAAUUUGGCGAUCAGUGAUAUCACGAGUCGUGGAAUUGCGGCGGGUCUGAAGAAGGAGACGGGGACGAAGUUAUAAGGGGCAGUCGCGAGCCGCUAAAGUCAGGAGAGGGGGAUGCGGCGAAGCGUUGUGAUA